UUAACACUCCUAAAACCAUUAAAAGGGAAAAAAUAGCUCGUUUUAAGUUUUAACUAACACUCCAAAUCUAUGAAAACAAUAAUAAAAAUAAAAAUAAAAAGAUACAGCAUGUCGGAAGCUGAUUGGUCGGUCCAUGGCCACGUAGUAUUCUCUGUCUUCAUCCUCUCAUAAAACCAGCAACAUCUGUGCCUUUUGCUUCGGCCGUUGUUUUGGAGGGGCGAUUAUAUAUAUUGUAGUAAUGGAUUUCUGGCCGGAGUUUCUUGCAACCAGUUGGGGUAAAGAAUUUGUCGCCGGUGGAUUUGGUGGCAUUGCUGGUAUAGUCUCCGGCUACCCACUUGAUACUCUUCGAAUCAGGCAACAGCGAUCCAUUUCUGGUUCUGCUUUCAAAAUCUUUCGUGAUAUUGUUGCAAACCAUGGCCCUGCUGGUCUUUACAGAGGCAUGGCUGCUCCCUUGGCCUCUGUCACUUUCCAGAAUGCUGCCGUGUUUCAAAUCUACGCCGUUCUUUCUCGGGCAUUCAACUUCUCCCAAUCCAACGGUGACCCUCCGAGCUAUAAGGCUGUGGCUUUUGGAGGAUUUGUCACCGGAGCUCUUCAGAGCUUCAUCCUGUCGCCGGUGGAGCUGGUGAAAAUCCGCCUGCAAUUGCAAAGUUCUUCUUCUAACAAAGGCCCUGUGAGCGUAGCCAAACGCAUCUGCAAAACAGAAGGAUUGAGAGGGAUUUACAGAGGACUUACCAUAACCAUGCUCAGAGAUGCACCGGCACAUGGAAUCUAUUUCUGGACAUAUGAGUUCAUGAGAGAGCAGUUUCAUCCUGGCUGCCGGAAGACCGGCCAAGAGAGUGUCAGCACAAUGCUGUUUGCCGGAGGGCUCGCCGGAGUUGGCAGCUGGGUUGUCUGUUAUCCCUUAGAUGUGUUGAAGACAAGAAUUCAGGGUGAGACACAAAGCUCAUCUGGAAAAUAUAAUGGAAUUGUUGAUUGUCUUGGCAAGAGUGUAAGAGAAGAGGGUUACAGAGUGCUGUGGCGAGGGCUGGGGACUGCGGUGGCUAGAGCAUUUGUGGUUAAUGGGGCCGUCUUUGCUGCAUAUGAGAGUACUUUGAGGUGUUUGUUUAGCAAUCAAGCUCUCUGAAUUGCCCACAUUUCCAAUGAGAAUGAAUUCGUUCUCGUUUUUACUUCUGA